AUGGCUAGGACUGUUUCAGUGCUUUUCCUCACUCUGCCCGAAGCCGAGUCGAUGGGGGUGUCUAAGGAUCAGCUGGAACAAUACCGAGCCAACUGGUUCGAUGCAUCCGUCUUCUUCCUUCACGCCGCAGACUUCAUCAGGGAUCCCAGGCUGAUCAACGUCCGAACCAUCGUACUCUUGGGCGGCUCCUACGUUCACUUCGGCGAGCUUAACAUGUACUACAUUUUGUGGUCUUGUGCCGCCGGCAUUUGCCACAGUGUCGGUCUUGAUCAGAACAUAGACGGAGGGAUGUCGCUCGAAAGCCAAUAUCAAAGCCGCUUGUUUUGGUCACUCAUAGCAAACGACUGGUUGAACUUGCCGCUCGGACACAGCUGCAUCGAUGAAUCAGAAUUCACGGUCGAUCAACCGUUGGAGCUUGACGACGUCGAGGUUUCGCUCGGCGUCAAUCUCGAGGGAUUCACCCCCGCUCUCCGUCCGGUACAGCACUUGAUAGCGCUCUGCAAGCUUGCUUCGGUUCUUCGUCACUUUCAAGCCCGCCUUUUAAACGUCUCGGAUAGCCCUGGGAUUUCAACAAUCGUCACCGAGACCAAUGAUCAGCUCACUGCCGUCAUCACUCAAUUACCCGCCCAUCUUCGAUCAUCCAGAGGCUCCGCGACGUUUGAUGUUGCUGGCGACAGUGAAGAGGAAUGGGUGAGGUGGCAGCGAUACAGCAUCAGGCUACUGUGCAACUACUACCGUAUAGUUAUAAACCGCACGAUUCAAGAGGACAUGGCAGGGGACAGAGGACAGCACACAACAGCUAUCAAACGCUGCGUCGACGCUGCUCAUGAAAUACACGACAUAAUUAUAGAAAUGGAUUCAGAUCCGCCUCGACAUUUCAUCUGUUGA